AUGAAUUUUGCUAACUCGUCUGAGGCAGCCGAGUAUCUCAUCAGAAAGUAUCUGCUGAAUCCGCUCGAUGUGUUGGGCUUCGCUGAUGUGUGGACUUAUGCGCAAGAAAAUGGGUUUCUGAUGCUUCCGCUCUGGAAGGUAAAACACCAGUUUCUGGCCUUGACGCAAAAGGACGUCCAAGAUUGGGAGAAAUGCAUCGUGGCAGAAAUCACAGAUCCAUCCUUGCAGAACGAGGAAUUGAAGUACAUGGCAGAGAUAGUGUCGCAGAAGUAUCCGACCCCACAUAACUAUCUAAGACGAUUUUCGCUUUGCGGAAAUGACGAGAGCACCGUGCUCCAAGCAUAUAAAGUUGCUGGUUGUGAUUUCCUCUACGGCCAAUUGAUUUGGGACAGAGUUGUCUCCCUUCCACUGUUGCAGAACGCCACACAAUCCAUGACCAAAAUGUACCUUUCUCGCCUCCAGACUCCACAUAAGCAACUCCAACAAACAUACGACGAUUUUUCUUCUUGGGUCUCUUCAAACAUUCCUGACCAGUAUACUGCUCAACUUCGCGAAGCAAGCCGAAUCGUGAAAAGUACCGAGCGGAAAAUGAGAUACUACGAGGAAUUUGAGUCGUUGCUUGCGCAAAAUCCAGCGGAUUCGUCCGCUUGGUGCAACUACAUUGAACAGGUGGCGAAAUACUCCUCGCCAGAUGAUUCUUUCCAUCCAGUCACCCAAAUCUUUCUUCGUUCUUUGUUUUCAGGCGCAUGUAAAGUAGGAAACUUAGAAUGGACUCUGGUAUGGGUCACAUAUUUGAAAAAAUCAGAAAACAGACCGAACUCUUAUCGGCCAUUAUGGUGCUUGGAAUUUCUCAGAACAUACCCACAUGAUGUUCAGCCGUAUAAUAUGCUAUUAAGAGGAUUAGAUAUUGACAAUGAGGUUGAUGUGAUUUCGAACCUGGUCAAACUAAGUCAUUGCGUUGUGCCCGAAGACUAUGCAAACUGGAAAGAACUAGCGAUGAACAUUCUUUCGAAGCAAUUUAGUGCCUUCAGAGAAGAUGCAGCAAGAAAAGAUAAAUUGCUCCAUGAUAUCGAAUACUUUGCUUUACUUGCAGCUGAGCAUUCAGACACAUACCAUGAGGUGGUUAAACUUAGUGUUCAGUUUUUGGAGUCUUUGGGCGACGAAGAAUCAUUAAAACUAGCGACUAAAAUCGUGACAGAAACGUUUGAAAACUUUGCAUCUCAAGCACGAGUCUGGAUAUACUCGUUGAAGUUUUUCAACAAGCGUGGUCGCUCAAAACAUGUUGAGAAGCUUUUAAAGCUAUGGCCCGAAGACGCCGUAGAGGUUGAUGAUUUGGAUUAUUUUUUGUGUGAAAUACUUAUGUUUUACCGUGUUUAUGGUGAUUUUUCGGCUUACAUGAAGGCUUCAGACCAAGCUGAAGAAAUCCGGAAACAACUCUUGGGCAAAAAAGGAUAUUCCAGACACCACAGUUGA